UGCUGUGGAUGUAACAGUUGUUGGGCAGAGCUAGAAAUCCUGCGUGUUCAACAAGAUGAGCUCCUCGGCGAACAUCUAUGUCGACAAUGGUUCCUAUAAUAAGCUUCUGUCCUACCUGAUGGGCCUAGAUCAGCCUCAGCUGGAGGAAUUCAAGAUCUGCCUCCAGUCCUCACAGCUGCUGCUUGGGAACUUCCAGCAGAUUCCCUGGGCAAACUUGAAAGCCAUCGAUCCCACUAACCUGUUGUGUCUGUUGAGUGAAUACUUUUCAGAAAGGCAGAUCUGGGAAGUGACCCUCAGCAUCUUUGACAACAUGAACCUGACUUCACAGUGUACAGAAGUUCGAGCGAUGAUGAAUGAGAUAGCACAGACACAGGGAUCCCAAGAUCCAAGCCAAGAAGAACCAGAGGUACCAGAAGAAGAAAAAGACCACAGAAGAAGAUACAGAGAGAGAAUGAAGGCUAAAAUACUGACGAUGUGGGACAACAUCCCUUGGCCUGAAGACCAUAUAUACCUGCGCAAUGUGACUGAAAAGGAACAUGAAGGACUGAAGAGCCUCCUGUAUCCUAACAGGACUGGAGCCCAGCCACAGACGAUCGUCUUAGAGGGUCUAGCAGGGGUCGGGAAGACCACCCUGGCAAUGAAGGUUGUGCUACAUUGGGCAGAGGGCUUUCUCUUUCAUCAGAGGUUCUCCUAUGUUUUCUUUAUCAGCUGCCAUAAAGUUAGAGACAUGAAGGAUACCACAUUAGCUGGCCUGCUUUCCUGGGACUGGCCUGACUCCCAGGCCCCCAUUGAAGCUCUCAUGAGUCGCCCCGAGAGCCUCCUGUUUGUCAUCGAUGGCUUUGAAGAAAUGGACGUGCCCUCCACUUUGGACGAGAGUCCACCAUGUAAAGACUGGUACCAGCAACUCCCAGUCAACAGAAUCCUGUUCCACUUGUUGAAGAAAGAGUUGGUUCCCCUGGCUACCUUACUGAUCACAACCAAGGAGUAUAGAACCAAUGAUCUUAAAAAGUUGUUACUGAAUCCAUGGUUUGUGCAAAUUGUAGGGUUCACAGAAGGAGACCGGGAGGAGUAUUUCAUCAGGUACUUUGGUGACCAAAACAAAGCUAAGAAAAUCUUGCAUUGGGUAAGAAAGAAUGAAUCUCUCUUUCACUUCUGCUCUGCCCCCAUGGUGUGCUGGACCGUCUGUUCCUGCCUGAAGCGGCAAAUGGCGAGAAAUCCUCACUUCCAGCUAAGCACCCAGACCACCACCAGCCUGUACGUCUACUUUUUCUCCAGCUUGCUCGCCACAGCAGAGGUGAGUUUGUCAGACCAGAGCUGGCCAGAUCAAUGGAGAGCCCUGUGCUCUCUGGCUGCAGAGGGGAUGUGGUUUUGGAAGUUCACAUUUGCAAAGAAGGACCUCAAACACAGGCACCUGGAAGCACCUGUCAUUGGUUCUCUCCUCAGGUUGAAUAUUCUUCGAAAGGUCAGCGACUGUGAAGAUUGUGUUACUUUCACUCACCAGAGUUUCCAGGUGUUUUUGGGAGCCAUGUUCUAUGUGCUCAGGGGGGUGAGAGGAUCCAUUGGUGGUCCUCCAAAGCACCAGGAGAUGAGGGUGCUUCUGAACGAUGCUUUGGCUGACACAAACUUCUACUGGAACCAGAUGGCUCUGUUUUUCUUUGGCCUUUUAAAAAGAAACCUCGCAGAAGAACUGGAAGAUACUUUGCGUUGUAAAGUGAGUCAUAGGACAACGGAUGAAUUACUAGAAUGGGCAGAUGAAUUAGAAAGCUAUGAUCUUGUCUCCAGCUGUUUUGAAUUCCUACGCUUCUUUGAGUGCUUAUACGAGACUCGGGAGGAAAACUUUGUAAGGCAGAUUUUGAGUCAUCUCCUUGAGGCUGACCUCGAUAUCUUUGGGAGUCUACAACUCCAAGUGUCUUCGUUUUGCCUAAAACACUGUCAAAGGCUAAGUAAGCUAAGGCUUUCUGUCAGCAGUGCUAUCCCUCAGACGGAACUGACUUUCAACUUGGAAACUCUGGAGACAAGGCCACAUUCCAAGAUACGUCAGUGGCAGGAUGUUUGCUCCGUGUUUUCCAAUGGGAAUCUGACUGAGCUGGACUUCAGUAACAGCAAGCUUAAUGCUUUUUCAAUGAAGAAACUCUGUUGCGAGCUGAGAAAUCCAAGGUGCAAACUCCAAAAACUGACGUGCAAAUCAAUAACUCCUGUGAGGAUUCUGAAGGAACUUGUCCUUGUCCUGUAUGGUAACCACAGGCUGACACACCUGAACUUGAGCUCGAACAACCUGGGAAUUCCCGUGUCCACGAUGAUCUUUAAAACCUUGAGGCACUCAGCCUGCAACAUCCAGUAUCUGUGGUUGGAAUCCUGUGGCCUCACCCCUCUAGCCUGUCGUCAUCUCUUUCUGGAGCUCAGCAAGAACUCGAGUGUGCGCUUCCUCAGCCUGGGGGACAAUGAUCUCUCUGGUGUUGAGGUGAAAAGUCUGCAGGGGCCCUCGGAGAUGCCCGAGUCUUCCCUGAAGGAGUUGUCCCUGGAGAAAUGCAACCUGUCAGCAGCCAGCUAUCAGGAUCUAGCUUUGUACCUCACCAGUACCCAGAGAACAAGUCGACUGUGCCUGGGAUUUAAUCCGCUCAGAGACGAGGGCGUGAGGCUCUUGUGUGCUUCCCUGACUCACCACGAGUGUGCCUUAGAGAGAUUGGUGCUCUGGUUCUGCCAGCUCGGUACACCCAGUUGCAAGUACUUGUCAGAUGCUCUCCUCAAGAACAAGAGUUUGACCCAUCUGAACCUGAGGAAGAAUAACCUGAGAGAUGAGGGAGUGAAGUUUCUGUGUAAGGCCCUGAGUCGUCCGGACUGCAGCCUCCAGAACCUGGAUUUGUCAGAUUGUUCUUUCACAGCGGAAGGCUGUCAGGAGCUCGCUAAUGCCCUCCAGCAUAAUUGUAACAUGAAAAUUUUGGAUAUCGGAAGCAAUGACAUUCAGGAUGAUGGAGUGAAACACCUGUGUGAGGUCCUAAAACAUCCGAAGUGUGCAUUGAACACGCUUGGGUUGGAGAAAUGCAAUCUGACACCUGCUUGCUGCCAGUAUCUCUCCUCUGUUCUCAGAAGCAGUAAAAGCCUGUUUAACCUGAACCUUUUGGGGAAUGACUUGGAGCUCAGAGGAGUCAGCACACUGUGGAAAGCCUUGAAAAAAUCAACCUGCAAACUACAGAAGCUUGGGCUUGAAAAAGAGCUGUACAACAUAGUGAAGGGGGAGCUCGAGGAAUUGCAGGAGAGGGGGUCCUUUCUGAGAGUCAAGUGUAAGUGGGAUUUCAAUGACCUUGAGGACAAAUGGUGGUGGUGAUCCAAUGGCUACACUGUGGGAUGUUCUUGGAGUAGAAUCACCAGGAGAUUUCUCAGGUGUUGCUGCUCUUGAGGACAAAUGAGCAGCUACCUCCAGAGUGCUUUCCCGCAAUUUGUUGUAAGCAGCAUAUUUAAAUACCCAAUCUCCAGAAUCCUAAUCUAAUACUACA